GGCCGGACUAGUUCGCGCCAGCUGCCGCCAGUGAAAACGUGUACAACUACCGUGAUAUCGUCCUCCACGGCAGCCGGGGACAUUCACAUAAGCAGUGCCGCGGAUCCUCGAUAUGAACGACGAAGGCGCGAGCGCGUGGAUGUGGAUCUCCCUCCAGACAUAGAUUCUCCCGACGCGGAUGCCCAUGGCCAACCAUCCAUUCAGUACUGGAACAGUGAAAGCAUUCACGUCACCCCAUCUGACGUGCCCAUAGAAAUAGACGCAGG